ACCGCUCCUCUGCACAUUUCGAUGUGAUGGAGACGGGGUACGACUUCAUUCUCGGCACUCCGUGGUCUCGUCGGUUCCGCAGCACCGAGGCCGAUUGGGBRACCAACACYCUCGUUCUCAAAACGAAGUGUGGACAGACGUAUCGCGUACCUUUCAUAGGUACCACGGCGACACCACGUCCCGAUCCUCCUCCCACGGAGCCUUCAGUGCCCACACCAUCUCCCUCUAUCAUUGUCACCUCGCCUCGACAGUUCGCUCACUUCAUUCGACAGGACAACGUCACCUUCUUUAUGGUGGACGUGACGGAUCUCUUACACUAUGAUCCACCCUGUCUCGACGCCGAGCUCAUCCCUCUGGAGCCAGAUCCUCCCUCUAUCUCCAUGGCUCCCAUCUUUACUUCCGUCCCUCCGCCGUCCGUCGAGUCCACCCYGCCGUCGCGCGCUGACGCUGACGCUGAGGAACUCGUACGAUAUACGGCUGACUUGGAGCCCGCAGUUCGUGACCUCAUCCGAGAGUACCACGACGUUUUCCCAUCGUCGUUCUCGUACGCCGGCAUCCCACCGAUGCGUGACGUCGAACACUCCAUUCAGCUCGUGCCUGACUAUCGUGUUCACCACCAGGCACCCUACAGACUCUCGAUCCCCGAGGCCACUGAACUCAAGCGUCAGCUUGUGGAGCUCCUGAGACUGGGUUUCAUUAAACCCAGCAACUCCCCGUGGGGUGCACCCGUCCUCUUUGCUCACAAAGUGGAUGGAACUCUUCGUCUCUGCAUCGACUACCGCGGCCUCAACUGCUACACGGUUAAGAACAGCUACCCCAUGCCUCGUUCCAAUGAGCUGUUUGACCGCCUAGCAGGCAAACGCUUCUUUACGAAGAUUGAUCUUCGUAGCGGUUACCAUCAGAUCCGCGUCGCUGCAGCCGACCAGCCGAAGACCGCGUUCCGAUCGCGAUUCGGCCACUACGAGUUCACGGUGAUGUCAUUCGGCCUCACCAACGCACCCGCUACCUUCCAGAGGGCGAUGAACGACAUCUUCAGGGACAUCCUGGAGCAGUACGUUCUCGUCUACCUUGACGAUAUCCUGGUUUAUAGUCRUACCCUUGAGGAGCACCUCAGACACCUCCGCGACGUCCUUGACCGCUUGCGUAGAGAUGGCUUCUACGCCAAGCUAAGCAAGUGCCGCUUUGCCCAGCASAAAGUGGAUUUCUUAGGACACUACGUGUCUGACCAGGGUCUCCACAUGGACGAYGCGAAGAUCACUDCUAUUGCGGAGUGGCCCGCUCCCACAUCCGCCAAGCAGCUUCGCAGCUUCCGAGGCCUGACCAGCUACUAUAGUAACUUCAUCCGGGGAUACGCUAGGUAUUCUUACGUCCUUACCUCCACCCUCCUCCGGAAGAACCCACCCUGGGCUUGGACACCCCUCCACGAGGACGUCUUCCGCGCCCUCAAGAAGGCGGUGACAUGCGCACCGGUUCUUCACCUACCCGAUUUUGACCGCCCUUUUAUCCUUACCACCGAYGCGUCAGACUUCGCYRUAGGAGCAGUGCUUUCUCARGUCUUCCCCUCAUCUYCUGAUUCCUCUCAUCCUCGUAUCCCUCGCUUCCCACCACCUACCCCUACCACUGCUUCCCGACUGACGCCUACUCGUCCAGCUACUUACGAGCCUUCUAUUGACUAUUCUCCUAYMAUCGCCGAGGACGGCACUGUCGAGUCUCGCUCAGGUGAUUGUCCGAUAGCCUUCUACUCCCGUCAGCUCCUGCCCGCCGAGAUAAACUACACUGCUGAUGAACGUGAGGUUCUCGCAGUAGUUUAUGCCGCUCGACACUGGCGUCACUACCUGCACGGGGCACCAUUCACGGUGCGCACGUACAACUCUGUUGUCCAGACUUUUCUGACAAAGCCGAAGCUCACUCCUCGACAGGCUCGCUGGUGGCGCGACCUAUCCAAGUUUAGUUUCACCACUGAGCACAUCAAGGGUGAGACUAAUCGGGUCGCCGAUGCCCUAUCCCGGCGCCCUGACCACGACCAGGAGCACAUCCAACUCUCUUCCAUCUCGGUCAGCACCGUCCACCACUCGGUGAUCGACGAGUUUCGCACUCAGUACCGCCACUGCCCCGACUAUCGCGACAUCCACGCGACCCUUUGGAGUGGCAAGACCGUCCCGAACUACUCUCUCGGGCACAACGGUCUUGUGUACUGGCACGGUUCACAGGGCACCAGAGAGCCCCGUAUUUGUGUUCCCUCCACUGGACAGCUACGUGUCCAAGCAGUAGCAGAGUUCCAUGACCAGGCAGUUGCCGGUCAUAUGGGCUUCCACAAGACGUUGGCUCGUGUGAGCCGCCUGGUCGUCUGGCCGAAGCGCAACGACUUUGUGAAGGACUACGUCGUAGAGUGUCCCACCUGUCAGGAGGUGAACAGUGCGAACCACCUACCUUAUGGUUUGCUCCAGCCUCUUCCUAUCCCUAAGGGCCGUUGGCAGUCCAUCUUGAUGGACUUUAUCGGUCAUCUUCGACCUCCGACCCCCCGCGGUCAUGAUGCUAUCCUGGUGGUCGUCGACCGCUUCACGAAGCGUGCACGCUUUGUUCCGUGUCGCUAUGCCAUCAGUGCACGUGAGGUCGCCGACAUCGUAUUUGACCGAGUCGUGCGUGACCACGGCUUACCUCUGAGCAUCAUAUCUGACCGUGACCCGCGCUUUACCAGCCGAUACUGGCGACGGCUCCACGAGGUGUACGGCACUCAGCUCCGCUUCUCCUUGUCUUACCAUCCUCAGACUGAUGGUCAGACCGAGAUCACGAAUAGGACUCUCGGGGAUAUUCUCCGAACGAUUGUUUGUGACGACCAGCAGUGGGAUCUCCAUCUUGCCCACGCGGAGAUAGCCUACAACCACGCCGUCUCGCCAGCCACGGGGAUGUCGCCUUACUAUUGCGACCUCGACUAUCACCCGCGUGUUCCCGCGGACUUCCUUCGACCCACUGUGAAAGCCAGCUAGUCAAACGUAGUUAUGCAGAAAAUGGCACCGUAAGAGAACCCCAGUAAGGCUCUGUGCAUAACAGUAAGGCAUUGUGCCUGCGCACAAUC